UUCAAAUCUCGCAAUAUGCAUAUUUUAAAACCGGCCUCUGUUCGCGCCAUUGCUGUGACGUAAUAGGUGUCAAUUCAGUUCAAGCGAGAAGGUGAGAAAACACUUGUUGUGUUUGCAUUAGAGGUGAUUAUCUCAGCGAUUAGCCGUUAUCAGUUCAGAUUGGUGAAAAGUGGAUGAUUGACCAUCAUUAUGGUGUAUUGUGCGGCCUACGGAUGUACAAACGUGCAUACGAAAGGCUGUGGAAAGAGUUUUUUCAACUUUCCGAAAGAUGCUCGUCGGAGGAAAAUAUGGACGAUUUUUUGUAAACGCGAGAGCUUCGUCCCUACUACAAACCAUCGUUUAUGCUCUGACCAUUUUACGAAGAAUCAACUUCAGAGGGACCCAGCCCAUUUAGAGAGGUUAGGCUACGAAGGGGCAAGGACUCGGUUGAAAGUAGAUGCAGUGCCAGACGUUCCCCUCCCCAUUCACGCCAAAGAGAAUAAUGGCGCUGUGCAAUUGGUUCUGCCUGCCAAACCUAGAGGGGCCUACGCAAAACGCCAGAAAGCUGAGAUGUUUCGUCAAGCUUUUCAAGAAUUGGAGCCUCGGCCUUCAGAGAACAACACCUUACCUGAUCACUCCAUUGACCUAAUUGAACCAGGGGAUCCCAAUGAUGAGCAUCCCAUUGAACCCACUGCAUCAACAAAUGCAAUACCAGAGACCCAAUCAAAAAAAUGCCAGGCCACACUUCAAGUUCCACAGAGGACAAGGCGGAUCCAAGUGUCAUUGGAUAAGAAAAACAUGGUGUCCACAAGUACUCAGUGCUCAAGCCUGACUGACAACAUUCCACUUAGAGUAGCUGCUGGUCUGACCCCUGUCCUUCAGCAGCAUGCAGUUGAGAAUGUGGAGGACAAUGAUGAUGAUAGUGACAUUGAGGGUGGUGACAUUGAGGGUAGUGAUGAGGACCCUGACUUUGACCUAGAUAGUGAAUAUCCAGAGAGUGAUAGCAGUGAUGAAGAGGAUGAAGAAUUCCAGCUGAGCACUGAUAUAACACCGGAAGAGGAGAGACAGUUUUUAGUGUCUGAGGUACAGUUAGCCAAACUUUUGCAAAAUUGUAGAGUUUGUGGUAGUGCAUGUCACACAGUAGUGAAUGGUGUUCGUGGAACCAUGAUUUCAACAUCCUCUGUGUGCCCUAAUGGACACUCUAGUACUUGGGAAAGCCAAAGAUGCCAUCAUGGAAUGCCAUGGGCAAAUUUGUUGGUUGCUGGUGCUAUUGUGUUUAGUGGAGCGAAUGCCUCAAAAAGCCUCAGACUCUUUCGACAUCUGAACCUGCAGAUGAUGUCCAUGUCCACAUUCAGCAGACUGCAGGCAUCUUAUGUUGUACCUGCCUCCAUUUUCACAUGGGACUUCCAUCAACAGACCCUUCUUGCGGAGUACCAGGGAAGAUCUUUGACCCUUGGUGGAGACGCACGGUGUGAUUCUCCUGGAUUCUCAGCGAAAUUUGGCUCCUACACGUUGAUGGAAUUGACCAGUGGAACAAUUCUGGAUUUUCAGUUAGUGCAGAGUAAUGAAGUACCAGGGUCAACACACAUGGAGUUGGAGGGGUUAAAGAGAGGGCUGAAACACCUAGAAGACGCAGGUCUACAUAUUGAAAAUCUUGUCACUGAUCGACAUGGUAUGAUAAAGAAAUACAUGCGAGAGGAUCACCAAGACAAGAACCACUUCUUCGAUGUGUGGCAUGUGGCUAAAGGAAUUUCUAAGAAACUGGAGACAGCAUCAAAGAAGAGAGAUUGCGGCAACAUUAGGCCCUGGAUCAAGUCCUCGGUGAACCACUGUUACUGGGUAGCUGCAUCCUGUGGUGGGGACAGUGAACUAAAGGUGCAAAAAUGGUCCUCCCUUGUCCAGCAUGUUUCAAAUCAGCAUGAACAUUGUGAACAUGAACUGCUCAAUGAGGAGAGGUUGUGGCUGAAAGAGGGAUCAAGAGCUCACAAACUCUUCAGGGAAGUUGUGGAGAGCAGAUACUUGACAAGAGAUGUAGGCAAGCUGUCUCCCCUCCAUCAGACAUAUGGGUUAGAAAUGUAUCAUAGCGUCGUGAAUUCCUUUGCACCAAAAAACACCCACUUUUUCUACCCAGCUAUGAUGGCAAGACUAUGUGUCUCUGCACUCCAUUUUAAUGAAAAUGGACAACGUCACCAGGCCACAACCAAAGAUGGGGUAGCACGUUGGCAGAUCAGCUAUCCAAAGGGGAAAAAAGGGACCCAAGCUGUUGUAAAGCCCAACAAAACAGCAGUUACAUUUGACUAUGUAGAUAUCCUCCGGAUAAAUCUAUGCGAGCGACGAAGACAGCAUCCCUCAUACACUCAGUCCAAAGAUGACGCUCACGUGUCCCUUGGAUAUUGCCCGCCAGCACUGACGUUAGGAUUUGAGGGCUUUGUAAAAGAAGAUCUGAUAGCUACGCGUCGUUCCAGGUUCAGUCAUUGA